GCCGAGGGGGGCGGAUCGACAGCAGCGAAGAAAAAGAAGGUGACAGCGGCGCAAUUACGGGUGCAAAAGGAUCUCUCCGAGCUCUCCCUCGGCAGCACGAUGUCGACAGACUUCCCCGACCCAGACGACAUCCUCUCCUUCAUACUCUACAUCGAGCCGGACGAGGGCAUGUACAAAGGCGGCCGGUUCAGCUUCACGUUCAACAUCACGCCAUCGUUCCCGCACGAGCCGCCAAAGGUGCUCUGCCGCGAGAAGAUCUACCACCCGAACAUCGACCUCGAGGGCAAGGUGUGCCUGAACAUCCUGCGCGAGGACUGGAAGCCGGUGCUGAACCUGAACGCCGUGAUCGUGGGGCUGCAGUUCCUCUUCCUGGAGCCCAACGCCAGCGACCCGCUCAACAAGGAGGCGGCCGAGGACCUGAGGAACAACCGGGACGGGUUCAAGCGGAAUGUGAAGCAGGCCAUGGCGGGCGGGAGCGUGCGUGGGGAGACAUACCAGCGGGUGCUGCUCUAG